AUGUCUUAUGAGACCUAUUUGGUUGGUAUCGUUCCGUUAUAUUUGCUGAAGAAGUGGAACAACAGAAUAUCGUCGCAUAUCAUCCCAUUUGCCAAUGAGUUGGAGGGCAGGGGUAGUGAGAGGGCAUCCCUUUCCUCAAACGCUGUCAUUCAAGUUCUUCUGCAAUUCGGUGGAGGAGUUCUGUUGGCAACUGUUUUCACACAUCUAUUGCCCGAAAUCAAAGAGCAUUACGAAGAC